CUUUGCGAUAGACUGGAGAGAGAGAGUCUACUCUCUGUCCGUCUGUCUGUCUCUUGGUUUGAGGAGCCAUGAUCUCGGCAAUUCUGAUCAUAAACCGCAGGGGCGAGAUUGUCAUCAGCCGAUUCUACAGAGAUGAUGUUACGAGAGCUGCUGCCGACGCGUUUCGGCUUCAGGUCAUCGCAUCCAAGGAGACCGGUUCUUCGGCGCCCAUCAUGUUGUUGGACGGCAACACCUUCCUCUACACGCGACACCUCAACCUGUACCUGGUAGCCGUCACGCGGGGCAACGUCAACCCCGCCAUGGUGUUCGAGUUCCUGUACCAAAAGAUCAGGAUCUUCAAGGCGUACUUCAAGAGAGAUUUCGACGAGGACACUCUCCGCAACAACAUGACCCUCAUCCUUGAGCUCAUGGACGAGACGAUGGACUACGGCUACCCUCAGAUCCUGUCCAUUGACGUGCUUCGCACGUACAUCAACCUGGGCACGAUACGAUCACUCGACGGAGACCCGCAGGAGAGCGGCCAACUAACGAGCCAGAUCACGGGGGCGAUCGACUGGAGACGAGAGGGGAUCCGGCACAGAAAAAACGAGGUGUAUAUUGAUGUCCUGGAGUCGGUGAACCUGCUCAUGUCCUCUAAUGGCGCGGUAUUGCGAAACGACGUCAGCGGCAAGGUGAUCAUGAAGACUCUUCUAUCCGGGAUGCCCGACUGCAAGUUCGGCCUGAACGACAAGCUCAUCAUGGAGCGCGACGGGAAUGCGAGAGGGAGGCAGGACCGUCGACCAGCGGUUGCCCUCGAUGACUGCACCUUCCACCGCUGCGUGCGGCUGGGCAAGUUCGACGCUGAUCGGACGAUCACCUUCAUCCCGCCCGAGGGGGAGUUCGAGCUCAUGCGAUACCGCGUCGCAGACAACGUGAAUCUUCCUCUUCGGAUAAUACCUGCAGUGCAGGAGGAGGGGAGGGGUCGCGUCACCAUUAACCUCAAGGUAUCUGCGGACUUCAGCUACAAGCUCUUCGGCAGCAACAUUGUGGUGAAGGUGCCAGUGCCUCCGAACACGGCGCGAUGCCUCAUCCACGUGGGGUCGGGCAGGGCCAAGUACGAGCCGGAGCAGCGGGCUAUCGUGUGGCGGAUCAAGCGCAUGAUCGGUGGUGCGGAGGCGGUGUUUACGGCCGACGUGGAGCUGACCCCUAGCAUCCGGGGGAAGGCGUGGUCACGGCCUCCCGUACAGGCGGAGUUCCAGGUGCCGAUGUUUACGUCGUCUGGGGUACAGGUCCGCUUCCUCAAGGUGUACGAUAAGAGCGGUUACCUCACCAAGCGAUGGGUCCGGUACAUCACACGCGCAGGCCACUAUCAGAUCCGCAUCUGAUCCCCGCCGCCGGGAUCUGGCGAGUUUGGUCGUUUCAGACCACUGCCCCCCUUCUCUCUUGAAGGCAUUCUCUCUCGUGUUGAGACUGCUGUUUGGCAGCUCCUGGGCUUCCCGUCAGAAACCGGGGUGCGCGUGGGGGGGCGUGUAGGGCGUUUCGCCCGAACCGUUCGUCACAGCCGCCACCGCGCAACAUGUCUGUUCGGCUAGUAGCUACCAGCUGUUCUCUAUCAGUGGUGUGCCCCCAUGUGGCGGGUGUGCACGCCUCGCUGUUUGAAGCCUUACGGUCCACCUGUGGGUGCCUUCGAUGUAGUAGGCACUCGCUGUGCAGGUUUGUUCGGCGGCAGGUUGCGGUGACAUCAGCCGGGGAGAGGAGCAGGGAAAGGCGGCCACACCACUUGUAGCGGACGCACUCAUUGUUUAUGACUUGUUGGAGCUUGUGUUGAGCUUGCUGUCGCUCCAUGUGCAGAAGUUAUUUCCUGUCCGCGGUUAGACCAACAAAACCUCUGCAGGAACCGGACAGUUGGAGCUUUUCAGGACCAACUAGGGAGCGAGAGGGGAGCCACAAGCCGCGGCGGUAUUCGCUGUAAUCCCGGCCUGUAACUCAUUCUGUACACAAGACGAGAUAGGUACAAGUACUCCAUACCCUGAAUCCUGAAGAGGAAAGCGUUAUGGGAAAGCAUGCGGUCUACGUACCCCGCUGUGGCCAUCAACAUGCGAUCCGAAAGGGAAACUGAUUAGGAUCCCCC